AUGGUUGCAAAAAAUAUGCGCGAAUACGUCAAUGCUUUAACUAUUAUAAUUAUUACGUGCUUUGUUCUGGGUAAAUUUGCUACAACUAUAAUAAUACCAAUGUUAUGCUUAUGCCUCUGUCUUGCUCGAUUCUGUUAUGUUACUCGCCAAAAAAAGGAACCGGAAAAGCUGAAAUGCUCAAGAGAGAUACAUCGAGCUGUUUCUUAUGCACGUCUUUCAAAUUCAGUGAGUAAUACAAAAUCAGAAAGUGGCACACCACAACACUUUAUGACUGACUCGACGAUCAUUGAUAUGUCCAGAAGUGAACGACAGAUUGCGAAGGGGCAGCUAGGCCGAUCACAAUGUGGAGGAGAAUUGAAAAGCAAAUAUAUCUCAGUGACCGGUUCCACAUCUGAGCAGGACGACCGCUUAUAA